CAAACGUUAAGUAAUAUGGCGUUGAACGCCUGUAAGUGGUCGGGUUUACCGUCGUUACCUUAACUUUCGAGUUGUCGACAUCGCUUCUCUCACACCUUCGACCCUCAGUAGAGUCUCAGGGAGUAGAUUUUCGAUAUAAAAUUCUUCGGCGGAGUUUUAGAACAGAUGUCAGCUAUUCCAGUAAGAAAGCUCAGUGAAGAACUGAACUCAUUGUAGUCUUAUUCUCCUGAUACUUCUACAGCUGUCUCACUAGUUAUAAAUACAUCAGGAUGUCACUGAAGCCAAGGAAGGUUGACUUUAAUGCUACCUGGCAAAUCCUGUUAGAGACAGUACGUGGAGUGAUAACCUGUGGACAAGUUGCCAGGUCAAUAUGGAAUGAUCGGUUUUCUGAUGUCUAUGCUCUCUGUGUUGCUGUGCCUGAGUCUUACUCUGACCGUUUGUAUGAAGAAAUAAAAAAUUUUGCAGAAAAUCAUGUUGAAUGUCUUUAUAAGACUGUUCGAAAUGAUAGCAACAUAUUAUCAGCAUACCACAAACAUUGGCAAGAAUACAGUCAAGGAUCCAUAUAUUUGAACCAACUUUUUGGUUAUUUAAAUACAACUUACAUAAAGAAGCAAAAACUGUCUGAUGCUGAUCUGGCAUAUGGUUCUUUUAACUAUGAAGCCAGUGAUCAGAAACUUGAAAUUGGUGAGUUGUGUUUGGAUAUAUGGAAACGACACAUGAUUGAGCCAUUAAAAUUACAGUUAAUAUUGCUGAUAUUACAAGAAAUUCAAAAAGAUCGAAAUGGCGGGUAUGUUAACCAGGCUGUGCUACACGGGGUCAUCAAUUCUUUUGUUAAUGUUGAAGAGUACAAAAAGAAAGAACAGGUUCAGUUCUAUCGGAAGCUGUUUGAAACCCGUUUUCUUCAAGAAACUGGAGAAUAUUAUAAACAGGAAGCUGCUAAGUUAAAGGUUGAAUUCAAUUGUUCUGAAUAUAUGGAGAAGGUAAUUCAAAAGUUGGGGCAAGAGAAUCUUCGCAGUCGGAAAUUUCUACAUCCUUCAUCUUAUGAGAAAGUUACACACGAGACUCAAGAAAGAAUGGUCGCUGAUCACAUUUAUUUCUUACAUGCAGCAUGUGAAGACAUGGUUCAAUCAGAACGACGAAAAGACUUGUCAAACAUGUAUGUAUUACUGAAACCUAUCCACAAUGGCUUGAAUUAUUUGAUUGAUCAAGUGGAAAGCUAUAUCAGAGAGACAGGAUUAAAUGCUGUGCAGGAUCUUAAAGGAGAUAAUGUUCCAUGCAUGUUUGUAGAAUCUAUGCUGGAAGUUCACAAAAAAUAUACAGAAUUGAUACAAAGUGUUUUCAAUAAUGAUCAGAAAUUUAUCCAAGCACUGGAUAAGGCAUGUGCUGCUGCAAUAAACAAUAAAUUUAAAGGUGAAUGUAAGUCUCCAGAAUUGCUUGCCAAAUACAAUGACAACCUUUUGAAGAAAAGCUCGAAAGGAAUUUCUGAAAGUGAAUUAGAUGAGAAACUUGACAACUGUAUAACUGUUUUCAAAUAUUUAGAAGACAAAGAUAUAUAUCAAAGGUUUUAUUCCCGGAUGUUAGCCAAACGACUCAUUUACAAUGCAUCCACCUCUAUGGAUGCUGAAGAAUCUAUGAUUAAUAAAUUAAAGCAAGCCUGUGGUUAUGAGUUCACUAACAAACUACAUCAGAUGUUUACUGACAUGACAAUUAGUAAAGAUUUAGACAAAAAAUUUGAAGAUUACUAUAAGAAUAAAGAUAUUGAUAUUGGAAUUGGAUUUUCAAUAUUGGUUCUUCAGGCUGGUGCAUGGCCCAUUCGGCAAAGUGGCUUCCCAACGUUUGCUAUUCCUCAAGAAUUAGAAAAAAGUGUUAGAAUGUUUGAAAUGUUUUACAAUAAAAACUUCAGUGGUCGGAAGUUAACAUGGAUGCAUUACUCUUGCCUAGCUGAUGUUCGAUUUAAUUACCUGAAGAAAACCUACACUGUAACGAUGGGGACCUACCACAUGGCAAUAUUAUUACUUUUUAACAAUGCUGAAUCCUUGACAUUUCGAGAGCUGAUGGACUCUAGUCAGUUACCAGAAAAGGAACUAAGUAAACAACUUCAGGUGCUAGUAGAAAGCAAAAUUAUCCUUACAGAGAAUGAAAUAAAUGAGAACAGUACACUUCAUCUCAACAAAAAUUAUUCCAACAAAAGAUUGAGGUUUAGAAUUUCUAUGAUGCAAAAGUUAACACCUCAGGAAGUUGCUCAUACUCACACAUCAGUCGACAAUGACAGGAAGAUGUAUUUACAAGCGGCAAUUGUACGUAUAAUGAAAGCAAGGAAAGUCAGCAGGCAUAACCUACUAAUUGAUGAGGUAAUCAAGCAGUCCAAAUCUCGAUUCACACCUAGUGUUAGUCUCAUCAAGAAAUGUGUAGAAACAUUAAUUGAUAGACAGUAUCUGGAACGAUCUCCAAACCAAGCAGAUGAAUAUGUCUACGUUGCAUGAUAACAAUGUUACCAUAGAACACAACUCCUGUUAGUAUGACUACAACCAGCUGCCAACAUUAAAAGUUUCUGUGACUUAACCUUGUUGUUCAUUUGGGAACAGGGUCUCUUUAACUAAGGUUGUCUUUCAUGGUGAAGCAAGAUUUACCAAACAUAAGCCUUGCUCUUCUAACA